AGUAGGAGGACGAUGGCGAUGGCGCAUUCCUUAGGGUUUGGAGCCCUAGCCCUACAUUGGCGCGAUGGAGCACCGGGCGCGGCCACGUCCUCCUCGGUGCGGUUUUACCGCAGUCGGAGAGCUCCUCAGCGCCUGGUACUCUCGCCUCUCUCGAAUCGCGAGCGAUUGUCCGUCCGGUGCCAAAGCCGCAGUCCAGCACAAGAUCAGGCUGCUGGAUCGGCAGAGCUUCAAACUGUCUCGGUUCCUCCAACGCAACCAGCUUACAUUGGUUCUCCAUUGCUUUGGGUUGGAGUUGGCGUUGGCCUCUCGGUUCUUUUUUCCUGGGCAGCUAACUACGUAAAGAAACAAGCUAUGCAACAGGCACUCAAAUCGAUGAUGUCUGGCCCUGGACAAAACCAAUUUGGCAAUAUGCCCAUUCCUCCGUUUCCAUUUCCUGUCCCGCCGCAGCCACAGCAGCAACCGAUGCAAACUUUUCAACCACCAGUUUCUUCUUCCCAGGCUACUCAACCUCAAGCAUCCGCUUCCGCUACCGCUGUUGUCGAAAGUACCGAAGCGACAUCGUAUUCCGAGACGCAGACGCCCACGCCAGUCUCGGAGAAUAACAAACCCGCAUUCACUGAUGUAAAUGUGGAGGCGGAAGUAUCUACUGUUAAAAUAAACGCUGAGGCAACAGAGGUGAAGGAAAAUGCGAACGACGUGUUUUUCAAGGAUGCAGAGGUAAGAGAUAGCGGAACAGGUUUCACUUGGAACACUGACGGUGCGGCUUCAACAUCAUCUUCUGAUGGAAAAGCAAAUUCUUUUUUCUCGGUUGAGAAUUUGGAAAAGAUGCUUGAGGAUCCUACGGUUCAACAAAUGGUUUACCCGUACUUACCACAAGAAAUGAGAAAUCCCAGCACUUUCAAAUGGAUGAUGCAGAAUCCUCAAUUCAGGACCCAGCUCCAGGAGAUGCUCAAUAACAUGACCGAGGAUGGGGCCUGGAAGAACGGACAAAUGGGGGACGUGCUGAAAAACUUCAAUCCCAAUAAUCAGGAACUAAAACAACAAUUUGAGCAAAUAGGACUGUCCCCGGAAGAAGUGAUGGCGAAAAUGGUAGCAAAUCCAGAGAUAGCCAUGGCUUUCCAGAAUCCCAAAAUCCAGGCAGCACUCAUCGAUUGCUCCCAGAAUCCUACCAACAUAACGAAGUAUCAGAACGAUAAAGAGGUCAUGGAUGUGUUUAAUAAGAUUGCCGAGCUAUUCCCAAUCAAAGGCUUUUGAUGAAACGCCAGGACCAGAUUUAGAGAACAGAAAUUUUUGGAAGGUUAUACGGCGUGAUCCUUUCUUUGGCUCGAAAGUGCCACGAGAGAAAAAAAGAAAAAAAAAGAAGAAAGCCUGUGUACAUUAAACUUAAGACAAUGGGCUUGGAUUUCCUCUUUGAAA